AUGAUAUAUUUAAAACUUAUUGGUCUGCUACCUGGGAGGAGAAAAAAUACGUAUGUAACAAGUAUGGUAACAUUUACAUUACGUAAAAGAGAUACAACUGGGCUUGGCAAUGAAAGCAGGAGGUCUAAUACAUUCAGUUACUUUUUAAAACACAGUUCUUCUGAAGUUUGUAAAAUAAUGUUCUUAAAUACUCUUGGAUUAAACGAAUGGAUGGUUCAAAAUUGGACAAAACAAGCAAUUCAUGGAUUGCCAGGAAAAAUUAAAAAUGGAAAGAUACAAGAAUCAUGCAGCAUUGUUGAAAUUUCACCACGCCAAAAAAAUCUUUAG